AUGAAAUUCGGAAAGAGCCUCAGCAGCCAGAUCGAGAAGACUCUGCCGGAGUGGCGCGACAAGUUCCUCUCCUACAAGGAGCUCAAGAAGAAACUCAAGCAAUUCGACCCUCCGGCCGUGGCCGAAGAACGCCCCGGAAAACGCCUCAAGCCUGAUGCCGCCGCCGACAUGACCAAGGAGGAGAUCGACUUCCGCAACUUGCUAGAGAAUGAACUCGACAAAUUCAACACCUUCUUCGUUGAGAAGGAGGAAGAGUACAUUAUCAGACUCAAGGAGUUACAAGAUAGGGUGGCCAAAGUUAAGGAUUAUAGUGAAGAGAUGAUGAAAAUCCGCAAGGAAAUUGUGGAUUUCCAUGGAGAGAUGGUCUUGCUGGAAAACUACAGUGCCCUUAACUAUACAGGGCUAGUGAAAAUACUGAAGAAGUAUGACAAGAGAACUGGUGCUCUCAUCCGCUUGCCCUUCAUUCAGAAGGUCUUGCAACAACCUUUCUUUACCACAGACUUGCUCUACAAACUUGUAAAAGAGUGUGAAACAAUGCUGGACCGCCUUUUCCCUGUUAAUGAUCCUCCUCCAGUUUCUGGUGAGACAACUCCCCAAGCUGAAGGUUGUGAUCCUUCAACUUCAACCACUACCAAGAGUGAUGGUGGUUUGCUGAUUCCCAAGGAAUUAUCUGAGAUUGAGUACAUGGAGAGCCUUUAUAUGAAGAGUACCGUAUCAGCUUUGCAUGUUUUGCAGGAAAUUAGAAGUGGAAGCUCAACUGUUAGCAUGUUUUCAUUGCCACCGUUGAAGAUAAAUGGUUCAGAAGAAACAUGGAAGAAAAUCCCGGUUCUUGAACAAGCAGCCAAGUAA